ACUAGAAUCAUAAUAAUUUAAUGAUAAUAUCAUUCGAAUGUCUAGAAUAGUCUACAUUUUAGAAUAAUUUUAAUCUACGAAUCUACGUUAACCGUAUGUAACUAGACUAAAGUUACAAGUAGAUCUACUCGACUCUAGAUAUUUAUUAGAUCUAGACAUCUAAUCUAUAUAUAAUACUAAUAAUGGUAAUAUAGUUUAUAUAGAUAGACCUAGAAGGCUAGAUCUACCGUUGACUUGGACUUGUGUAGUCUAGUCAGACUAAGACUAAGUUCUUAUUCUAGACUAGAUUCUAGAUUUAUAGAUAAUUAGAUUCUAAAUAAUAAUUAAUAAUUCUAGAUUAUCUAGAUCUAUGUGAGUAUGUCUUUAUAUAUAGACGGCUCAACUUUAUCUGCACUGUGCUUCAAGCAUUUGUACUCUAAUGGAAGUCAGCAAAGGUAAAGAAAUAUUUAAAAUUGCUGUUAAGAUGAUUUCACAUCUCAUGCUUUUGGACGCUUCCAAGCGAGAGUGUGGCGAAAUAAAUCGCUCCGCCUGUCUACAAAAAUCAGUGUCUACCAAGCAGUGGUUCUCUCAACCCUUCCUUGUGGAUCUGAGACAUGAGUACUUUAUAGAAAGUACCUAAGACUUCUUGAACGCCUUCACCAAAGAUAUUUUCACACUAUCAUAGACAUAUGGUGGCAAGACCGCACUACAAACAGCGAUAUUCUUACUAAAUGUUUGGAUUUCUCUUUGGUAUGAGAGUGAAUCAAACAGAGAACAGAAUUAGUGACUCACAAGGUCAUUUGUCUAAUACAAACACAUUAACAUAUGUUUCCUCUUAUAUACCUUGGUCUGGAGCUGAUUCAUUGUAUCAUCGUAAUGGAUUGGUUUCUAUGAAAACAAUGAAUACUUUGCUACAGCAGACUAAUCAAAUUCUUCUAGGCUGGUACAGCUAUAGACACAACAGCAAAUUCAAGCCAUCUUUAAAAGAAUAUAAUCUACAUACAAAUCUACUGAAAGCAGUUUCCUGUGUUGUGUGUCCAAAUGACUUCCUGUUUCUUCUAUGUACCACAUCAUGUUCUGAAAACAACUCAACACACAUACUUAACCAUGGUUUCAUGCAGCUUCUUGACAGGCAGAUGACUGAGGUACCAAUGACUGUUGUCAACUUAGGAGACACCACCAGAAAAGAGUAUCACCAAAUCGGGAAUGCAACAGUCACUGCCAGUCUUAGAAUCAAACAUAUUCUUGACAAUCACAGAGAAAAUCAUUUGUCAUCACCAUCUGGUCAAAUGAAGGAAGUUCAAAAAGUGCUUUUGCUAGCAGCAACACUAAAUAAUGGAAUGAAAAGAAUGGCUUCGGAAGUUGUUGAAAGUGAAACCUUGCUGAAGCAACUUACUGAUGAUGUCUGUGUCCUGAAACAACUAAUCACUCAGAGUGAAUUACAAGAGUUGUUUGCACUGUCUAGUGCUUCACAAAAUGAGACUCAGGAUAUUUUACUAGAAAGAAAAGAAAAAGACCUGGAGGAAAAUCAACAGUUAGAAUUAUUUAUAAACACUUUUUCUGCUAGCAAACACAAUGGGUCCAUCCUAUCAGCAUCUGAUCUUCUAGUUGCUAUUGAUGAAAAAAAAAAAGAAACACAGACAUUAUGGCAGAUGAACAAAAAUUAACUAUUGGAGAGAGAGUCAUUUCAUGGAUUUCCUAGUUCUUGCUAAUUAGGAUUUUGAUUUCUACCUUAGCUAAGUCAAAGCAAUGUUUACUUCAUCAUGAAUUACACUAUUUUGAAUCUAAUGUAGAGCUUGUAAAUAAGUGUUGGAAAUAAUUAGUGUUUGUUUAGGUUGGAAACGUUGCCAUUGAAUGAAGCUUAACUCACUGGUGGCUUGUUCAUUUGUUAUGUUGUUAUUAUUAUCAUACUAUGAAAUCUCUGUCAUAAAAUAAAAUAAAUAUUAUCUUGUCUAAAACUAAGUUUAUAUUUGAUAAACUGACCAAUGCCCCAAAACGUUUCUUUUAUUCAGGGUAUGUGACUGUUUUGUUUUUUUUUACUGGAUUUUGCAGAUGAUUAAGACCCUAAUCAGCACACACACAUACAUUUUUAAAAAUUCUAAUAGUCAACUUAGGCUGCCACAACAAAGCAUGCCAUGCUGCGUAGAGCUUGACAGCACAGCCCAAUAAAAUAAAUAACCAAGCAUUAUAUUCUAGACAAUCUGGAAGAAGAACUUUCCCUUCCACGUUAAACAAAACAUGCUGAUGUCUUGAAUCUUCUAUGACAGUGAAAGCUAGAAAUGAAUGCAAGCCAUUGAGAGUAUUGACAAUUGCUUAGAAAAAGAUGUUUUUUUAUACUGUUUAUAAUUGUCCACCAGUGUUAUAAAGUUGUCUUAUAAAUUAAAUUUUGCAAGUUCUUCAGUUCAUAUAAUACAAGUUCAAAACUUGAUUUAAA